AUGAGGUCUGCGAAGCUGGCGGCCCUGGCUCGCGCUGGAUUUGGUCUCGAUGCUCCAGUGGUUCUGGAGCUGCCGUCCGACGCGGAGGUCGAGGGCAACAUGCUGCCGGUGGCGAGGAUCCUCGCGUGCCAGGGCGCAGAGGAGGUGGAGGCGCUGAUGAGCCGCUCGUGGCUGCCCGGCGACGACGGGGGGUGGCAGGUGUACAACUCCGGCGUCCAGCUGGAGGCGAGGGCCCGCGCGGUGGUGGCGCGGUGGGCGGCCGACGCCAUCCGCGUGUCGGACGCCGCAGCCGGGCGGCUGCGCGAGGGCAUCAAGGUGCCUGACGAUGAGGGACACAAGGUGCUUACGGAUCAGGUCGACAUGGUCGAGGCCCUCCGCAACCACUGGGCCCCGAUCUUCCAGGUCAAGCCGAAGGUUCCCGACUGGCAGGUCCUAGCGGGCAAGUACAUCGCAGAGCACGCGCCGCAGCUGGAGGUGGCCGACCUGCUCCCCCCUGAUCGGCAGGGCCGCAACUUCCUGGACAACAUCUGCCUGCUGGACGCCACCGCGCGCGCCGCGGGGCUGCAGGAGUCGGGCAAGCCCAUCAUGGCUCUGUUCGACUUUGGCGACGCGUUCCCUUCGUUGAGGACCGAAUGGAUGCUGCUCAUGCUGAUCCGCUCGGGAUUCGUAGGAGGCGUUCGGUACGUGCUGGAGGCGCUCUACUGGCUUCCCACGGCGUAUGUGGAGCUCGCGGGCGCGAUGGCGCUGGGCAGGCAUGACUUCCUGGCCCUGGGUGCGUGGGCGCCUGGCCUUCGUAUCCGCUCGUUGCUGGCCACGGGCUGUGCAGCGGCCAUGCGAUCGGCCCUCUCCACGGUGAGCAACUGGAAGGAGCUGCACGCAUGGCUGCAGGCGCAGGUCCUGGACCACGGGAGCCUAUGGGUCAUUGGCAGCGGCACCUUGUCCCCGCCGUAUUGGCAGACCAGGCCAAUCGUACAGUUCCUUGCUUCUGCGCAGGAGGAUUUUGCGAAUGAUCGUGUGCUCGCGCGUCCUGCCGCCGCUGCGAGGAAGGCACUCGUCCGUGCCUACCGCGACGCAGCUGAGCGGGGCGUGCGGGUGCGUGCGCAGAAAACAUUGUAUUCUUCUUUGCACGCCUCGCUCCAUCCCGACCUCCUCCACCUCCUGAUCCAGCGCCGUUUGAAGGCGUGGGGGCUCGAGGUUGAAGGUGGGGCCCAGGCGGAGUUCCGGAUGCUGCAGGGUCCUGCCCUGUCGGGCUCUGGCCGGGCCGGCUUCGGGGGGCCGCCCGCGGCCAGCGGAGGUGGCUUUGCCUCGCUCAUGGGCUGA